UUUACAUGCACAAAGUUUAUAUAUAUAUAUAUAUAUAUACACACCUUUUCCCCUACCAAAACCCUAGCUGAACUCUGAUUCCUGACAAUGGAUGUUAAUUUUGAGCUCCGGAGAGGAAAAUACUUCACCAUUGAAGUUGGUUAUUUUGACACCGUUCUCGAGAUCAAAGAGAAGGUUCAGAAAUACCAAGGGAUUCCCAUUUCCCACCAAACCCUAGUCUUUAACGGCCAAGUCCUCAACGAUGAACGAGACGUUGCAUACUGCGAGAUCUACAACAAUUCCAGCAUCCAACUCCUGAUCGCAUCUGAAUUUGAUAAAUCGAUGAACAACAGUUGUAAUAACAAUGAGAAGGCCGCGGAGGACAAGCAUAAGAAAAUCCAGCUCAACGUGAAGACUCCCACGUCCAAAAUCCAUGUACCUAUUGAAAUGGACGUACACGACACAGUCUCAAAGUUGAAAGAGAAAAUCCAAGCCAUAGAUUAGUUUGUUCCGAUUAAUAAUUGUUUGGUGCUUCAUGCAGUUGGAAACGAGUUGCACGAUUAUCGUUCGUUGCACAAAUGUGAGCUUUAGGACAAUGCGAGGAUCGAGGUGAGUUUGAGAUCGUCAUCAGCCCCUGCAACCAAUGCGGCCUCACCUGUG